CUUGUGAGUUGCGCUGCUGUUUGAGCUUUGAACUCAGUGGACACCACCUGGUUCAACUUCAGACAUGGAUAAACGUCUCCUGCAAAUAUUGGGCUUCUUGGUCUCAUCACUGGGAUGGACGUUUGUGCUGUGCACCAUGGCCAUGGACUACUGGAGGAUCACCCAGUUAGGAGGACAAGGAGGCUCCUUCAUCAUUAGAGUGGCCUGGUACUGGUCCAACCUGUGGAAGGAUUGCUUCUCUGAUUCUACAGCUGUCACCAAUUGCAGAGACUUCCCAGUGCUCUGGACUGUCACCCCUUUCAUCCAGGGAGUGCGAGGAUUACUAAUGUGCGGGUUAACUCUGGGAUUCUUCGGUGUAGUACUUUGCUUUCUUGGGAUGGAGUGCACUUAUAUUGGUGGAGCUGAUAAAACCAAGGACAAAAUGCUUUUUGCCGGAGUAGUGUUUCAUGUUGCUGGUGGUGUGUCAGAUAUUUCUGCCUACUGCUUAUACAUCAACAGGAUCGCCAGAACAACCUUUGCUGCCAGUGUAGGGCCAGGAGUCCUACGGUAUGACCUAGGCCCUCCCAUAUUUCUUGGAUUGGUGGGAUGUUUUUUCAUCCUCUUGGGGGCUGUGUUCUAUUCUGUGACGGUCUGCCGAGUAAUCUGCCCCAAAAGUAAAGUGGUAUAUGCCUAUGAAGGAGGCACAUACAUGAGCCCUCGCUCCAGAGGACGAACGUACGCUGGAUACUACAAACCCUCCUGGCAGUAUGGAUCUUAUCUAGGCUCGGGUCGAUCCAGCAGCUCCAAGAUUUCAAAGCUCUCUCAGACAACACCAACAAAAAUCUCAGAAAGAGAUGCAUUCGUGUAGUAUCUUAAACCUUUUUUUAAAUUCAUAUACUUUUAUUCUAACACCAACAGGCAAGCACAAAAAUACAUAGGGGCUCAAAAUCUGAUUAGCUCAUAUUGUAGAUGAAUAUACCCUCAGCCUUCUCUUUAGAGCAGCAUAUGUACAAUUGUAUUUUUUUGUUGUUGUUGUUCUCAUUCACUUGUCAUGUUUUGUUUUUGUAAAACAGCCCAUUCUGUGUAUAAAAUAUACUUUCGUUUACUCUUCAUGUAUUAAUUCUGCUGUGAUAUAAUCAAAGCAUGUAUGACAACU